AUGCCGACCAUAAUCAUUGAUGACUUGACGAUUCGUCUCGCCUCCGAACUGCAGAACACUUUCAACCCGAGUCACGCCUUUGGGUGCGCAGAAAGGGGUGGCUCACUGGCGCUACGAGAGUCACCGAGUGGACAUCUGCUGCUGCCUUUUGACGCGGAAGGAAAUGUCCUCGUCACGCCGGGCCGUCGUUAUCAACUUGUUCUUGUGAAGGAGCGUAAGUCUUUCCCGGAGCCCACUGACAGGCUGUCAGUGUAUCAACAACGACAAGAUUCAAAACAGCAACACAAGGAGGUGGAAGCAGCAACACCAGACAAUAAUGGGAGGCACGUGGAGGGCAAUGGAACGGCGGCCGAGGUAGUGGAAGGGCCCAAUAGCAGCGCGAAAAAGAAACGACGCGGGCGGAAGCACCGACAUGAGAACUCAGCGGCUGAGGAAAUUCUGACUUCCGCACCGCAGCAGAAGAAGGAGAGGAAAGAAACUCCGCGCGAUGAUGACAGCGAAAAAGAUGAUGAUGUUCCACUUUACCGCACAGUUGGAAACAAACAACUCUCUGGCAAUGGUGCUACCGAAGUUUCCACCAUCUUAGCCACGCGUCCUGGCUCUCCAGAGUCGUCCCAUGCUGUAGUUGACAAGUCGCCUAAUCAUCAUGCAGCCACACUGGCCCCCUCCAAAUCCCCUGAUUCUGACGAUGAUGACAACGUUCCGCUUUCAAAAUCCUACGCAAAACAGCAAAAAAAACAUGAGCAGCAGACAGUUGAACCCACGGCAGCUGCGGUACCUGUCAAUGGCACAAAGAAACCGCCAAGUCGCCGGCAAACCAAGCCGCCCCGUCGGCCACCCGUGGCAACGCCCAGCACGAGUGAAUCUGAUUGA